CCCGGGGCGGGGAGGCGUUGCGGGGGGUGGGGCGGGGGCCGGGCGGACUCCAUGUCCCAGGGGCCCCGGGGCCCGGACUCGAUGUCCCAGGGGCCCCGGGGCAGGAGCGGGCCGCGCCAGGAAAAGAGGAAGGGAGGAUGCUGCGGGUGGGCUGCCGCGCCGCGCUGCCCCGCCGCCCCCCGGGCUCCGCGCCGCUGAGCGGGGCCGGGGGGAGCGCGGAGGGGCUGAAGCGGACACCGCUGGACGCCCUGCACCGCUCCCGCGGCGGGCGGAUGGUGCCGUUCGCCGGCUGGAGCCUGCCGCUGCACUACGGGCAGGGCCACCUCCAGUCCCACCUGCACACCCGCCGGCACUGCUCCCUCUUCGAUGUCUCCCACAUGCCGCAGACCCGGGUGUAUGGCCGGGACCGUGUCAAGUUCAUGGAGAGCCUGGUGGUGGGGGACAUCGCCGAGCUGAAGGCAGAUCAGGGCACCCUGACGCUGCUCACCAACGAGAGGGGCGGCAUCGUGGACGACCUCAUCGUCACCAACACGUCGGAAGAUCACCUCUACGUGGUGUCCAACGCCGGCUGCGCCGACAAGGACUUGGCCAUCAUGAGGGGCAGAGCGGCGGAGCUGCGGGCCACCGGCGGUGAUGUCCACCUGGAAGUGUCGGACAACGCGCUGCUGGCUCUGCAAGGUCCCUCCAUGGCACGGGUGCUGCAGGCUGGGCUGUCGGAUGACCUAGCCAAGCUCUCCUUCAUGAAUAGCAUCACCACGACGGUCUUCGGCGUCUCGGGCUGCCGAGUCACGCGCUGCGGCUACACCGGCGAGGAUGGUGUAGAGAUCUCGGUGCCCGCAGGGCGGGCGGUGGAACUGGCCGAGCGGCUGCUGGGUGUCCCCGAGGUGUGGCCAGCGGGGCUGGCGGCCAGGGACAGCCUGCGCCUGGAAGCCGGGCUCUGCCUCUACGGCAACGACAUCGACGAGACCACCACGCCUGCCGAGGCCGGGCUGCUGUGGACCUUGGGGAAGCGCCGGCGCACGGCCAUGGACUUCCCCGGCGCGGCUAUCAUCAUGGCGCAAGUGAAAGAGAAGCCGAAGCGCAAGCGCGUGGGGCUGACGUCGGAGGGACCCCCCAUCCGUUCCCACACGGCCAUCCUGGGCCCCGAGGGCACGCCUGUGGGCACAGUGACCAGCGGCUGCCCCUCACCCUCCCUGGGGAAGAACAUCGCCAUGGGCUAUGUGGAGGCGGCGCACAGCCGGGCUGGCACCGCGCUCGCUGUCGAGGUGCGGAAGAAGCAGCACCCGGCCCUCGUCACCAAGAUGCCCUUCGUGCCCACCCAGUACUACACGGCCAAGUGAGGCCAGUGCCGGCCGCCCUGGCCCCAAUAAACACCCCUGCCCCGCUC